AUGUCUUCUCACAAGACUUUCAAAAUCAAACGAAUCCUGGCCAAGAAACAAAAGCAAAAUUGUCCUAUUCCUCAAUGGAUUCCGAUGAAAACUGGUAACAAAAUCAGGUACAACUGGGGAAGACACUGGAGAAGAACAAAGCUGGGACAGUCAGGAUUCACACAAAGACAAGACUGA